AACGGUGUGAGUUUUGGCUGCUGUUCUCCCAUUGGCAAACCGCUGCGCGUCCUCUUCUUAUACUGAUUGUUUAUAUAUGGCAUAACGUCGUCCAUCCGAUUAACAGUUAAUCUGAUCGGCUUUUCAUCCGGCUUCAAAAUAUCGACCGGUUCACAUUUGAAGAAUCGAAGAUGAACUGCGGUUGUGCGGAGAGUUACAUCGGGCCACCCUUAACCGACACGUGCGGGGGUGGCGCAUUUGUGAUCUUCAUGGGGCUUCUGGAUUCUUUCCUUAGGAAAAAGUGCGAAAUUUCCGAGAUUUGCCAGCGGGUCGCUCCGCGAUUGAGUCCCGAUUCUGAGUAUGACUUUGUGGUGAUUGGGGGCGGAAGUGGCGGCGCUGCAGCCGCAGGAAAACUCGCUCAAGUUGAGGGGUGGAAAGUUCUACUCAUUGAAGCUGGCGGCGAUGAACCGCCAGGGUCGCAGGUUCCAGCGAUGGUGGUGAACUAUUUUGGAAACCCGGAUCUGGACUGGAACUAUCAAACCGAACCGGAACCGGUAGCUUGCCAAGGCUUCCCCGAAAAGAGAUGCACUUGGCCAAGAGGAAAAGUUCUCGGAGGAUGCAGCGUAAUCAACGGAAUGAUGUAUACUAGAGGCACGCCAAGAGAUUACGAAAAAUGGGUCCAGGCCGACAACCCUGGAUGGAGCUACGAAGAUGUGCUGCCGAUCUUCAAAAGAUUCGAGGAUAACCAGGACAUCGGCAGCUUCGUCGAGGCGAAAUAUCAUGGAGUGAACGGGCCGUUGACUACGUCCAGGUUCCGCCAUCAACCCCAAUUGGCCUUCGAUGUUUUAAGAGCCGCAGAAGAAAUCGGCCAGAAUGUUACCGAUGACCUGAAUGGGGAGAAAUACAUGGGGUUUUCCAUUGCACAGUCCAAUACACGCUGAACACGCCCCAAAUCCUGCUGCUGUCCGGAAUCGGCCCCAAAGAAGAGCUGGAGAAAGUGGGGAUCGCACAAGUGCAUAACCUCCCAGGUGUGGGCCGAAACCUGCAAAACCACGUGGCUUUCUACAUGGGGUACAAGUUGGAGAACCGUCCAGCUACCAGCGAUCUGGACUGGGCAACCGCCCUGGAUUACAUUCUCUAUCAAAACGGGCCAAUGAGCUCAACCGGAUUGUCGCAGGUCACUGCUCGGAUAAAUUCCCCAUACGCCGAUCCAAGUGGCACCGAUCCAGACCUGCAGAUUUUCUUUGCUGGGUACACGGCGAAUUGCGCGACUGGUUCCAUCGGCGAUCCUGAAGAUCCGGAAAAUCCCUUGGCGAAAAAGGACUUUACGGUUUCACCGGUCGCUUUGCACCCGAAAAGCCGGGGCUACGUGGGGCUCCAUUCCAGCAAUCCUCUGGAUGCCCCAAAAAUGGUUGCCAACUAUUUAUCUCAUCCAGAUGAUGUUCGCGUCUUAGUGGCAGGGAUACGAGUGAUCCAGCAGCUGGCAAACACCACAAUUCUAAGGGAAAGCUACGGCAUGGCUCCAGACCAUGAGGAAUAUGGAGAGUGCUUGUCCAAACACCGCAAGGACACUGAUGCGUUUUGGUCUUGUGCGGUCAAGUACUACACCGGGCCGGAGAACCAUCAGGCCUGCUCCUGCAAAAUGGGCCCCAAAUCUGAUCCUUUGGCAGUAGUCGAUAACAAGCUUCUGAUCCACGGCUUAAACAACGUGCGGAUAAUGGAUGCAUCCGCUAUGCCUGUUUUGGUGUCUGGCAAUACUCAUGCCACAAUUGUGAUGAUGGCGGAACGAGGAGUCGAUUUUAUCAAGGAAAAAUGGCUGGGGGCCAAUACUAUCGAGGAACGACUUGGGCAAGACAGUCAGAGGUCGCCUGGUGUUCAGGCGCCUGUUAAGCAAAGUGCUUCGUACUCCUUCAACAGAGGUCCGAGUUUCCCGGCUGCGUUUCAACAUAGCGACGCUUUCCAUCGGCAAAACCCCCAUUUGCCAAACCCUUACUUCGGAUAUAAUGGAAAAUAUGCCGGUUUGAGUGUUUACUAUAAUCCUCACAGCUACAAUCAGGCGAAACACCAGCACAAAGACUCUGAUCUGGACUAUUCAACUAAACCAUACAGCUCAAGGCGAAAGACUGACUAUGAGCAGUUUUAGGCGUAUUUGUUAGUUUUUAAACUGUGCUAUUAAUAAAUUUGGGUUCUGUUCAA